AUGGAAACAGGGGAAGAUGAUCAUCCGGACCUGGACAAGAAAAAGGAGACAUGGGGAACAGAGGCGAGCAAUAUUCCCGACGCGAAAAAGUGCAUCGAGCAGUGUCGAGCCCAGACCCUUGCCAGAGUGAUACCGGGCUUCGAUGAGACAAGCUUAGCCAGCGUCAAUCUGAUCAUUAAUAUAUGCCAGCAAAAUGUCCACGCCCCAGCGAUUAAAGAUCCAGGGCCUCCUCCAGACGACUUUCUCUGCGCGAUAUCAUCAGACGGGCCACUUACCAUUCAGAACCCAGUGCCGAUAUUCAUGACGGAUUCAAAAGAGAUAGAACCAACGCGCACCGGCUUCAAGGUGAUGGCUACGGAGCCAUCGGAAGACAUGCUGUCGACUACAUUGUCGACCAUGAAACCCUCGACACGUUCAACGACUUCAGAAACGCAGACUCCAACAAUCUCUAUUCCGUUUGCAAAUCAGUCUCAAGGCCAUCGACAAGACGGUUUACCCAUGGGAGCUAAAGUCGCCAUCGGGGCGUCCUCCAUCAUAACCUUUCUCGCGAUAAUGGCCUUCAUGAUAUGUCUGUUCCGUCGUCGCUCGCGGGAAGAAUACAACUACAGCUUGAAGAAGGAGAUCAGACAUCCCAAUCCCCGGCCGGAUACAUCACCCACACCACUGUCGAGGAACUUGUAUGCUAUACGUGAAGGAAUUCGUACGCCAUUGACACCUCCGCCCCGUCUACAGCAACGACGGCUGCUUUCCACCCCCAGGAACCCCGAGAGACCGCACAUCAACGUCUCCAUCCCACGGACCCCGCUCGACGCCUCAGUCGAAACGGCAGGCGGCUAUUCUCCGUUCCCUAUCUCGCCGUCCUCGACGCCAACACCUACGACCACCAGACUUCCUCCGGAAUACAAUCGCUCAACCAAGCCGUACUAUGGCGUUCCUCCGCCGAGCACGUUCGAUGGCACUGGCUCACGAUCCGGAAAGACAUCGAGCAUGAGCAGCGCCGCGAGCGGUCGCACCGCCACCACCGUGUCCAACGUCUCGAGCACGUUCCCGCACCUCACACCCUCGUGGCCGAUGAGACCUCCGCGUCCCCACGAGAAAUCGCUACAGAUCCCAGACCUCGUCUGUCCAGGUCCUCCCCCGAACCGCUCGCUUCCGCCGGCAACUCCUGGAAGUCCCGCGAGUCCUAUAUCCUUCCACGGAAAACAGCACCAGCACCAGCACCAGCACCGGCAGCGAGGAGACAGUUUCAGUAGUGUCAGCGCCGCUGUGAGCAAUGGGUGGGUGCCUCCCCGGAGUCCAGCCCGAGGCCUGGUGUUGGGGAAGGAGUCAAGAGACUUGUGUGAUUUGACAGAGGCAUGUGCAAGAGAGUCACGAGAGAGGAGUAGCUGGGGUAGUUGGAGCGUUGGAGGCGGUGGAACAGGUGUUGGGGCCAGUUCGAUACAAAAGGUGGACGGAAGGGUGAGUAGUCCCGUGAUAGAGGAGGCGGAUCUAGAGAGAAUGGGCGGGCGGUACUGA